GUUUGGCGCGCGGUUGUGUGACGUGGCGAGUUUUUUGUUUGGGAUGUUUUGAUUUGCUGUGACAUUUUUUCGAGCGACACGGCAGCAUGGAGGCGACGAACUUGGCUCUUUCCCCUCGAGAGACAAUGAAGCCGCGUAACGAGCACAAAGCGCUGCAGCUGAACGCCAAGCCCAAUCAAGUCGGCACAGUCCUCUUGUACGGUGUGCCAAUUGUCUCCCUGGUGAUCGAAGGCGUGGAGAGGCUCUGCCUCGCACAGAUAUCCAACACACUCUUAAAACAGUUCUCGUAUAACGAAAUCCACAAUAGAAGAGUGGCAUUGGGCAUCACCUGCGUGCAAUGUACCCCCGUCCAGCUAGAGAUCUUGAGGCGAGCUGGCGCAAUGCCCGUUUCUUCCAGAAGAUGCGGAAUGAUAACGAGGCGGGAAGCAGAACGGCUGUGCAAGUCGUUCCUUGGGGACAACGCUCCCCCGCGGUUGCCGGAUGACUUUGCGUUCGCGGUGCACCACGAGUGCGCGUGGGGGUGUCGUGGUGCCUUCUUACCAGCCAGGUAUAACUCCUCAAGGGCCAAAUGCAUCAAGUGCGCCUACUGCGGCCUCUUUUUCUCUCCAAACAAAUUCAUCUUCCAUUCACAUCGAGUUGGCCCUGGGGAUAAAUACAUCCAACCGGAUGCCGCGAACUUUAAUUCUUGGAGACGGCAUAUGAAACUCAGUGGUAGCCCACCUGAUGAAGUGGUCCACGCGUGGGAAGACGUGAAAGCAAUGUUCAAUGGUGGAACGAGGAAGAGAAUGCUCUCUGCCGCUAGAAGAGUGCCGAUUUGCAGGCCAGAGCCGGACUCGGGCAGUGAGGCGAAGCGGUCGGCCGCCAGCCCGCCGAGUGCGCACGCGCCCGUGCCCCGGCUGGCCGACUACGUCUGGGGUGCUAGGCUACCGUUGCCCUAUGCCAUACCUUGGUUAAAGCCUUCCUUGUGGACGCCGGGGGCGCUAACAGCACUGAGCAGCGUGAGCGCGAUAGAGGAGCCGCGCGCGUUCCGCCCCGUGCGCGCGCACCACCUCGACUCGCCACAGUUGUCGCCUGUCAUCUCACCGCCGCGUUCGCCGAACAGAUCACACACCAGUUCGAGAUCACCAAUGGCAACACCACCACACCAAAGUCGGUCACCUCGUCGCACGCCGCCCCGCUCUCCGCUUCGUUCUCCACUUCGUUCUCCGCUUCGCUCGUCGCCUGCUCGCUCCACCAAGAGUGAUCGCGAUAGUGACGAAAGUGUUGAUAUCGAGACUACAGAAGAUGACCAGCAGAAAAAUGUGGGAUGUUCAUGGCCAUGCCGCACAGCUCCCACUCCUCGGCCCGAAGACUCCUGCUGGAGCGGCUUGGUGCCUAAAGUUGAAAGGGAGGAAGACGCGAGAGUUGAACCCUGGCGGCUGCCCGACCUUCGGCCCCCGCUACAUUAUAUGCAUGAUCGUGAAAGAGAAGGGUGUGCUGCGUGCGUGGCUCCCUUGCCGUUACUACCGCCACCUGCGCCGGCGCCUCACUAAUCAAACAAUCUUAAUAGUCCAUUAUUUUAAAACAAAAUCAAUUAUAAUACAAGUAACUAUGAA